CGCCGCUGCUGCGGCCGCUACAGGGUUGUGCUUCCUUGCUCUAUAAAGCUAUACAGAACUCGCUGCUCGUAUCUGCACACAUAAACGCAACCUAAUAACGAAAUACAUACACACACAGAGCGACCCCGACAAACGCGCACGCGGCCAUAGAUUCAAGACCAAGACCGUAGCCUUCGCCGCCAGCGGCGGCACCAUUUCUCUUUCUCCUUUUCUCGCCCAUUCGGUGACGUCUUCGUGCCAGGCCGCCGCUGUUCGGCUAUGGCACCAACAGCAGCGGCAGCAGCAGCAGCGGCGGCGUCGUCGUCAUCGUCAUCGUCGUCGUCUCGACUCAGCAACUCAAGCAAACGACGAACGAAACCAACUGCUCUUACGAUGACGACGACAACGACCAAACGCCAUAUAGCCAGCCGGCCAGCCAUCUAUGCUUACUGGAGAUCGUGGCGCCCCCCACCAGCCAUCGUCACGCUAGCAGACGACAUACGCUUGCCCUGGCUUGGUCUGUUGUAUUGGCGGCGGCGGCGGCGGCCCGCUGCUCUGUUGUUGUUCGCUCCAGUUGUUCUACUCGCGCUCGUCGUCGUAACGUUCGUUGCUACUGCUAAUGCCAAGUGCCGGCUGCGGCUUGGUGGGUGUUUCCCCUCGCUUGCAUUUUCUCUCUCCCGUGCUCUCCCUUCGUUUGUCGCGCUUUCUCACCCGCCGCAGGCCGCUGUGUUCGGCCGGAAUGGCGGCAGCGGUUCUGGCAACGGCGGAGUCUUUGGCGGCUGCAGAAACAGCAUCACAACUAUCUCGUGGCUAUAGCCGCUGCUGUAGCGGCUGCUAUUUGCUCGUUGUUGGCUGGUUCAGCUGCGCCGCCGGCGACGGUGGCGGCGGCGGCAGCAACGGCUGUUGAUGCUGCUGCUGAUUCGUGGUGCUGCUCUUACCGCUGUUGUAUGUAGGCAGCCGCGCUGCCGAUACCAGCAGCCAGAGUUCGUCGUUCCGUCGUUGUCCUCCUCCUCGUCGUCGCUGUGGCAGUAGUCGUAGUGGUAGUCGUAGUGGUAGUGGUGAUGCCAGUGUGGUGGUGGUGGUGGUGGUCGUUGUCGUCGUCGUCGUCGUCGUCCAGAAGCAGCAGGAGCAGGAGCAGUCGCCGAGUGUUAGCAGGUACAGCCGCAGCAGAGUUCAGUGUUGUCGUCUAUCGCAGGCGGCGGCAGUGGCAGCCGCGGCAGGACAGCGAAGAGAGACGAGUGGUAGUCAGUCGAUCGUCAGUCGUUCGGGUCCGUUCGUGCUAAUAUUCUUCUUUCUGUAUCUUACUACUGUACAUUCGCGUGUACAGAUCGACUGAGUAUAGUCGAUCUUGUGCGUGUGCCCCUCUGCCCGUUUGUCUUUGUUUGCAUGUGUAUGUGCGUGCGAGCGUGCGUGCGUGCGUGCGUGUGUGUGUGUGACAAUAAAGUAGGAAGCCUGUCCGGUUCAAUCUCGUCGCUCGGUCGCCUGCCUGAGUGCCGCCCGCUCGUUCGUCCCUUCGUUGGAUCGUUGUGUCUCUGUGCGUAUUCGUGGUUGUGUGACGUGUGAGAGCGCCUCGUCAAUUCGGCGGUGCUGCUUCUGCUGCUGCUGCUGCUGCUGCUGCAGCAGGUCGACUAGUUUUUCCUACUAUUACUGCUGCUGCUGUUAUAACUACCAACCAUUAUAAACCAUUACUAAUACUGGUGCAACUGUAACUACCUCGGCUGCUAAGGCAGCCUCCGCCGCUGCCGUUGCCGCUACGGAGUCAAUAGCCGUAUCGGUAAAAAGUGCUCUUGCUAGCCGUGUACAGCGAGCUGGUGGUACGUUCAAAUUGUCAUAGGGCUCAGCACAUAUAACGACACACUAUUCACCACUAUAUAUAUAUACACAUAUAUAUAGAUAUAAACAUAUACUGUAAUACAAGAACAGUUGUAUUCGCCGUGUUCGGUACCUUCGGUGGUGUCAGCGAUUGUGUUCGUGCACAUCAAGCAACAAAGACUCGAAGAAGAGAGUGUGAGUUUAAAAAGUGCUACGUCCAGGAGUGUGUUUGGUGUGGGACAGCGUUCGGUUAGGUUCGUUUCGGUUACGCUGCUGCCGCCGCCGCCGCUGCUGCUGCUGCUGCUGCUGCUGCAGUAGUCACCGUCGCCGCUGUUGUGGCAAAGCCUCAAUGAAUGUUGUUUGUUAGGCAGUCCCCUGUGUUUCUUUCGACUGCUUGGCCCAUCACCGCCGCCGUUGUCGUCGUCGUCGUCGUCGUCGUCGUCGUCGUCGUCGUCGUCGUCGUCGCCGCUGGCAGUAGUGAGCGCUGCUAUUGCUGCUGAAUUGGAAUGAACAUCUAACACGGUAGGGAUAGCGGUACUGCUGACCAACGAAUUGUACAUUGAAAAUCUGGCAGGAUGGUUUCCUCUGCGAGUGCCGUAGAGGAGGCCGCUCUGAAGAACGGGCUUUCCCUUAAGACCAAGAUGGCACAAGAGGAUGAGAGCCCGACGGGAUCUGUGAAGAACGGUGUGGCCACUGAUGAAAGCUCGCAGAACUCAAUCACAUCCGAAAAAGAUAAGGAUAAAGCGGCUCAAAAUGGCGCUGCUACGAACGGCGAACACAAAACGGGCGACAUAGAAGCCGAGGAUGAAGAUUAUGAAAUACAGGAAUUUGACGAGCCUGAGGAACCUGUAGUUGUUAUCGAAGACGACGAUGACGAGGUUCCGCCUGAACGAGAGACACGGGCUGAUGAUAACUCAGCUGUUAAGAAAGAGAAAACGGAAGAAGGUGACGUUGAAAUUAAAGAAGUCAAGGAGGACACCAAGAUGGAGGUUAAGGCUGAGAUUAAAUUGGAAAAGCCUGAAGUAAAGGUAGAGAAGCCUGAAAAGGCGGAGAAAACGGAAAAGACAGAAAAAACGAAGAAGACGACAGAAAAUGGUUGCGAUUCAAAGAAGGACUCAGAUGAACAAUCGGAAAACGAUGAGAAUCGACCACACAUCAAGAUCGUACGGGAUGUCCGUAGACUGGACAAAGGCCUGCCGAAAUUCCUCCGUCGACGAGUGAAAGUUGGCCAAUGGACGCCAUGCGAUAUGCCGAAAAAUGGCGAAUUUAAAAUGAAAGACAGUGAAGCACUGGUGGAAGUGCCAUCGUUGACGUGUCCGAUGUUAAUCAAAGAGCGCGAUGUUUUCGCGCGCCGCGUCAAGGAUGGAAAAGUAAUUCCGCCGAAGCCACGGAAAGCUCCGACGCAUCAGCCAAAUCAGUUCAAGCUCGGACAAACUUCCGUCGUCGACUUCUUUACGAGCUCGGCCGGCGAUUUUCUAAUGCAAAUUGGCCUUGAUCGGGUUAGCGAACACUACAACAAGGAACAGAUCAAGGCUAAGGAACGAGAAAUGCGUCGACACGGAAGGUCUGCCGAACUGCUCGAAUCUGCAAAAAAGCACGCGGAAGACUUUCAAAAAAGCAAGGCACGUAAUGCCGCCUUUCAUCAUAAACUCAAGCGUUGCCAGACGUGCGAUUUCAAAACAGAGUCUCAGAUGGUUCUUGAGGGUCAUCUACUCACGCCGCAUUUUACGCAACGGCGCGAGUUGCAAUGCUCGUUCUGCCCAUUUAUUACGCGCGACGCCAAGGCCAUCAUCUUCCAUAUGGAGGCCCACCACAGUAAGGUGCCGGUCAUGGAGCCGCCCCCGCAGUUCUACGAGUGUCCAUUCUGUCCCUUCGAGACCAACUUGAAAAACAAAGCCGGCACGCAUGUAAAUCGCUGUCAGCGCUAUUUCAACAACAACGUCAAUCAGAGUCCUGGAAAUGACUUCCAAGCGCCGGGCAUGACGUCGAAGCCCAUUACAAAUGAAGAUAUCAAGAUGUACGAGAAAUUCUUCAUCGCCUUAACACAAGCCAAGAAUCAGGCCGCUGCCCAAGCCGCCCAAGCCGCUCAGGCGGCCUCAUCUGCUCAACAGCGGCAGCAGUUGCUUAUGGCUGCUGCGGCAAGCCGUGGCAACAAUUCCCGCGGGGGUACGAAUGCUAUUUACCAGCAACUACAAAAUUUAGCUACUCGGCAGGGAACCGCAGCCGGUCGUACGAGCAACCAGGCCGGCCAAGGACGGGUGCAACAACAACAGUCCCCUAACGUCUCUCAGGCCAGCCUACUGCAACAGGCCCAGGCGAUGGCCCAAGCUGCAGGGGCGGCAAGUCUUCUAAAUGGAGCAGGUGGUGCGAAUGGCGGCCUUUCUUCCCUCGCUCCGCACAACAGGGUGUCAGCUGCAGCAGCAGCGGCUAACCUGGCACGUAUUCCUCAACAGCAAGAUGCGGCCAAUGCAGCCAUGGCGGCGGCGGCGGCAGCUGCCGCGAGUGCGGGCGCAAGCGGCGUCGGCAGUGUCAGCGGCGGCGUCAGUGGCGGCAGCAGCGGCAGCGUCGGGGCAGGUGGCGUCGCCGGCGGCGGCGUCGCUGGCGGCGGCGCGAACGGAACUUCGGGCACGACGGCUACUGAUCCACGGGUAGCUCCCAAAGACCUAUAUGUUGACGAGUUCGACUACAAGUAUAAGUUUAAGCAGUUCUGCGCGGACGGCUCGUCGCGUUGGUGCUGCACGAAUCGCAAGUGUAAGGCGGCGUUCGUGAUCCCGCGCGGCGAGUCCAAGCCGAGAUUCCCUGUCGGUCCCGACAUGCAUAACCACAAGGCGUACAAAGUCGCUGAGGCGCUGGAUCCUGCGAGCAACCCUGGCGCCGCCGUCGCCGCACAGCUGGCAGCCGCCGGCGUCAACAUGCAAGCGCUAGCCGCGUUAACCAACGGGGGCACGAACACACAGGCGCUGUUUAGCGCGCUGACAGCCGCUGCCCGGGGACAAGGCGCUCAGAGCGCUCAGGCCCAGGCGCUCCUAGCAGCGUUGGGCGGGAAGGACGCCGCGGCCAACCUGGCCCAGGCGGCAGCUGCUGCAAGCGCCGCAAGUGCUGCCGCUGUAGCAGCUGCCGCAGCAGCUGCAGGAGGUGGUAACCCUAACACUAGCGCAUCGGCUAUCGCGGCGAAUCAAGCGGCGGCAGCGGCCGCUGCUGCUGCGAACGCCGCUGGUGCGGCAGGUAGUCGGGUAUCGUCAGGCGGGGUCGACAUUUCCGACGGAAGGCUGCCAGACAAGGCUGAGCUAGUGCCAGGAGUAGCGACUCGUCUCUCAGCUCCGGGCACUGGGCGAGCACCUGUUAUCUUGGAAAGUUCUGGUCAAGGAAAUGCUGGCGCGCAGGGUGGCGCAGGUGCAUUUGUCAUAUGCGAAAUCUGCGACGGUUUCAUUAAAGAUCUCGAACAGCUGCGUACCCACAUGCAGUGGAUCCACAAGGUGAAAAUUCACCCCAAGAUGCUUGCAAGUCGACCUCCUCUUAGCUGUCAAAAGUGUCAGUGGCGCUUCUUCACUGAUCAAGGCCUCGAACGGCAUCUGCUUGGCGCACAUGGACUCGUCACCUCGAACAUGCAAGAGCUCGCUAACAACACCCAGGACGGCGGCCGCUGUACGGUCUGCGGGCGUAUCUAUGCUAGCAAGCUGGUACAACAUAUGAGCCAGGUUCACAGAGUGAUGCUAAAGCCCGCUCAUCUCUCAUACAAAUGUACAGUGUGCACAGCAACCUUUAAUCUGUACCGUCUAUUCGAAUCACACGUUUACUCCGUGCAUUCGGGCGCUAUGAAACGCGGUUCAACGAACACGACAGAUCAGAGCGCUGCAAAACGGAACCGCCGAGACGAUGCCAGCUCGAGUAGUGGCCUAAAUUUGACUACAGCGAACUCGAAUAGAGGUGGUGGUGGUGGUGGUGGCGGCGGCGGCGGCAGUAGCAGUGUGACCUCUGGCGACACCGUCUACCCCAAGAGCUGCGCGCUCUGCAACGGAGCUCGCGUCGACGACUUCCUUCAGCAUCUGGCUGAUAAACAUAUGCCGAAGAAUGUCAAAGUCGGCGUAUGUCAAAUCGAAAAGUGCUCAUCAUGUCUAAGCAACUUCGACGGCAUGGUCGUGAUGAACUCGGAUCUAGGCGAGAGCUCAUCCUCGGACGACGACGACGAUUGAGCUAGUAGAAAGCGCUAAAGCUGGAAGUAGUACAGUGGCUGUAGCAGCAGCAGCAGCAACAAAACGACAGCAACCGCUACAACGGAGAAAGGCCGAGGGAACAGCCGGUACCGGUGGUACAAGCCUGAUACAGAUAAGCACGUGCAUACUAAUCAUGAUGUAGAUGAACAUAUUAUCAACAUGUACGUGUGCGGACGGCUGACGCUAUACGUUACGUUAUAUCAACGUUAAGAAAAAGAAGACAACACGCCGACGCACAACGAUAAUAAAAAAAAAACGAUAGAAGGAAAUCAGAGAUGGAGGGAAAGGAAAAGUAAAGAACAAACAUGGGUUCGUAACAUUAGCUAUGAUAACCAACCACGGCAGGCGACACACACAAAAAGACCAAAAGCGGCGCAAGCUACAGAUUUUUUAGACUGAAGCAAGAAACACGGACGCGGACACUUGCUGCUACUAAAUGGGCAAACUAUUUAUGGGUGAACGAGCGGUGAAAUUGUGAAUACCAGAAAUUGACCGUCCGUCUCAUCUCAUCUAUUAUAUUCCAGGCGAUAAUUCACGCAGGUCUGGAAACUCUACCGCGUACGACGCGAUUGUCUGUCUAAUCUACUAAUAUGUAUGUUGAAUACUAUAGCCACUAUUGAUUCUCGCCUAAUAAAAGGAACCGGACUGCGAUAGACUCGUUCGGUUCGAUGACGCGUGUGUGGUCGUUGACGAACAGGCUGCGAUCCGUCUGCAGCGAUUUCUUUAUCACCUUUACUUCUACGGAUAGUAGCAGCUAGUGUACCGUUGCUCACACACUGUUAACGUAUUGUUGUGGAUCAUCAGAAAAUUAGAUCGUCAAUCAACGAAGAGCAGCCACUCUGUAGGCGCUCUGUCAUUUUUUAAGAAGUUGGAUUGCCAUGUGCAUAUAUAUAUCAUCUAUAUAUAUAUAUAUAUAUAUAUAUACACGCAAC